GCGCCGUGAAGCUCGGCGCGGCCGGGAGCCGCCGCCAUGGCGCUGCCCCCGCGGCGCUGAGCGGCCCCGGGCCCCCCCCCCGGCCCUUUUCGGCCCCCCCCGGGCCCCCCCGAGCCAUGGCCGGGGCCAUCGCGUCCCGCAUGAGCUUCAGCUCGCUCAAGCGCAAGCAGCCCAAGACCUUCACGGUCCGCGUCGGCACCAUGGACGCCGAGAUGGAGUUCAGCUGCGAGGUGAAGUGGAAAGGGAAGGACUUGUUUGACUUGGUGUGCAGGACGCUGGGGCUCCGAGAAACCUGGUUCUUCGGACUGCAGUACACCAUCAAGGACACGGUGGCUUGGCUCAAAAUGGACAAGAAGGUUCUGGAUCACGAUGUGCCAACAGAGGAGCCUGUCACCUUCCACUUCCUAGCCAAAUUUUAUCCGGAGAAUGCAGAGGAGGAGCUGGUCCAGGAAAUCACGCAGCACUUGUUCUUCCUGCAGGUGAAGAAGCAGAUUUUGGACGAGAAGAUCUACUGUCCUCCCGAAGCUUCUGUCCUGCUGGCCUCGUACGCCGUCCAAGCCAAGUAUGGCGACUACGAUCCCAACGUUCACAAGCGAGGCUUCCUGGCGCAGGAGGAGUUGCUUCCAAAGCGGGUAAUAAACCUGUACCAGAUGACCCCAGAGAUGUGGGAGGAGAGGAUAACAGCCUGGUAUGCAGAGCACCGAGGCAGAGCAAGAGACGAAGCAGAAAUGGAGUAUUUGAAGAUAGCUCAGGACUUGGAGAUGUAUGGAGUGAACUAUUUUGCAAUUAGGAAUAAAAAGGGCACUGAACUGCUCCUUGGAGUUGACGCCUUGGGUCUUCACAUCUAUGACCCAGACAACAGGUUGACCCCCAAAAUCUCCUUCCCGUGGAACGAGAUCCGGAACAUCUCCUACAGCGAUAAGGAGUUUACGAUUAAGCCAUUGGACAAAAAGAUUGAUGUUUUCAAAUUCAAUUCAUCAAAGCUGCGUGUGAAUAAGCUGAUCCUUCAGCUGUGUAUCGGGAACCACGAUCUCUUCAUGAGGAGGAGAAAGGCAGACUCGUUGGAGGUCCAGCAGAUGAAAGCGCAGGCGAGGGAGGAGAAAGCCAGGAAGCAGAUGGAACGGCAGCGCCUGGCCCGAGAGAAGCAGAUGAGAGAAGAGGCUGAGAGGACGAGGGAUGAGCUGGAGAGAAGGCUGAUGCAGUUAAAGGAAGAGGCGACAAUGGCCAACGAGGCCCUGAUGAGGUCUGAAGAGACGGCAGACUUGUUGGCUGAGAAGGCUCAGAUCACAGAGGAGGAGGCCAAGCUCCUGGCUCAGAAAGCAGCGGAGGCUGAGCAAGAGAUGCAGCGGAUCAAAGCCACGGCCAUCCGGACGGAGGAGGAGAAGCGGCUGAUGGAACAGAAGGUGCUAGAGGCAGAGAUGUUGGCACUGAAAAUGGCGGAGGAGUCGGAGAGGAGGGCAAAGGAGGCUGAUCAGCUAAAGCAAGACCUUCAGGAGGCUCGAGAGUCUGAGCGGAGAGCAAAGCAGAAGCUUUUGGAGAUCACCAGCAAGUCGUCCUACACGCAGUCCAUGAACUCCAGUACGACAGCGCUGCCCACGGACCUGCCGAGCUUCAACCUCAUCAGCGAGAGCCUGUCCUUCGACUUCAAGGAUACGGACAUGAAGAGGCUUUCCAUGGAAAUUGAGAAAGAGAAGGUGGAGUACAUGGAGAAAAGCAAGCACCUGCAGGAGCAGCUGAACGAGCUGAAGACCGAAAUCGAGGCGCUGAAACUGAAGGAGAGAGAGACAGCCCUGGAUAUAUUGCACAACGAGAACGCCAGCCGAGGCAACAGCAAGCACAACACUAUUAAAAAGCCUCAAGCCCAGGGCAGAAGACCUAUCUGCAUUUGAGACUUCCACGUAGGUUGUUCCGAGCUCACACUACAGAGCACCAAGUCCCGCGUGGCCUUCUUCGAGGAGCUCUAGGACGUGCCCGGCCGCCCCGCACCGCUCUCCGGCCCCAGCGCCCGCGCCGAGGAGCGGGGUGCCCGCACCGGGCAUCGCCGCGGCCGCGUCCCGCCACCCGCCCCGGACUGCGACGUUCUCCACCUCAGCGUCUGCCGAUCCUCCUCCUCCCUCCCUGCUUUUUUUUCAGCCUCUCCUGCCUUUUCCUUUUUUUUGAUUUUCCCCCCUUAUGUUUUGGCUCAGCCUUUCGGGCUUUUCCCCGGCAGCACAAGGCCGGGGCCGGGGCCGCAGCGGAGGAGCGGGACGGGGCUCCCAUUAGCAGCCCCGAGCAGGUGCCAGCGGAGGGCUGUAAAUCAGCGGGCCCGGCGGAGGCAGGAGGCAGGAGGCUGGCACGGAGGAUUUGUGGAGGAGCUGCGGGGGAGAGGGCGAAGGCUGAGGGCUGCUGCUGCGCUGGGGCAGGAGGAAGGGGCAGGAAGACCUCCUCCUCCUCCUCCUCCUCCUCAUUCCUGUAUGCAGGAGGGGAUGAGGAGCGGGAGAACAGCUGGUGCCAGCCAACUGCGACCUUUUUUCCCUGCAAACUGUGACAAGCGGGGGCAGCCUGAGGCCGGGGGCUCUCCUUGGGGUCGAGGCGGGGCUGCGGCCGGCCGGGAUCCUGGCAGAGGGCGAUCGCGGCCCCGGCUUUGGUUGCGGGGAGGCAGCGGGUGCCCGCUGCGCCCCGCCGAGGUGCCCCCACCUCAGCCCCUCUGUGCCUUUCCUGGGCGCUGCAGCUGCAGCAGCCCCAGCUCCGUGCCCUCCCGUUCCCCCAGCAGCUCGCCCCGCACCCUGCCCGUUCCCCGUUGGGGUGAGCAGGACCAGGAGCUGACGGCCAGGUCCGGCGCCCCCAAACGCACGCAGGGACCCCCCCCCAUCUCCUCCGCAGCCCCCGGCCGCUGCUCCCCCCACGCCUGGCUCCUGGCCGCCUCCAGCACUGCCUCCCCGUGCAAACCGGGGGUCCCGUCCCCAAAACACACCGCGGGUCCCAACCCUGGCCGCCCGCGCUGCGGCUGCCCUGCGAGAAGCCCCUGAGCGAGGUCCCUGGCGCGUCCUCGUGGCUCCGGCCCCACUCCUGCCCUUCCGUGGGGACCCGGCGGGCUCCCAGCGCCCCAGUUCCUCCCUCGCCCCCCCCAGGAUGGAGUCGCAGCCCCCCGGGCAGAGCGUGCCCCAAACCCUCUUUAUUUAACAGCCUGCUGCCUUGUAGCGACUCCCCGCACGAAGCGCGUCUGCAAUUCAGAUGGGUUUGGCCGUGGCCUGGCACAGCCUUUUUCUAUCCCCGUGGAUCGUUGUACUCUGAAGAAAUAACGUUUUUUUGUUUUUGUUUUUGUUUUUUCUCAGUUGUUUUAAUAAAAAUUCAAAGCACUA